CCAACGACCGAUCCGCUGCAAAACCCGGCGCCGGACUCACAAAACCAGGCACUGGAGUAUCGCGGUGAGACGGAACGGGAUUCACAAGACAAGUCAGAAACGGGACUGCGGGGAGAGCCUUCUGGGCUAUGCGAUGACCCUGCGGCUUUGAAACAGACAAACUCUGAUGACGGGGUCUUUCUAUUGUACCCCAAGCCCCUCUACGCUCCCCUUGCCAAGUAUAAAAGUUAGAGCAGUGGUCAGAGGGGGCAAGCCAACCCAGCACGGCACAGCUGUACUCAAGCAGAACCCCUUCAUCAUGUCUCAGACCAAGUCCUCAAACCAGGGCACCAAUGCCAAAGACAAGGGAGUUCCCGCUCCCGGUGCCAGCAGCAAGGCUUCCAAGACCGGAGAUCCUGGAAUGACUGGAAACUACAAAAUCUUCCUGUUCGACCAGGAGAACUUUCAGGGACGGAUGAUGGAGGUGCAGAAUGAGUGCAUGAACGUUUGCGAGCGUGGAAUGGACAGAGUUCGCAGUAUCAUUGUGGAGUGCGGCCCCUUUGUUGCCUUCGAGCAGACUAACUUCCGUGGUGAGAUGUUCAUCCUGGAGAAGGGCGAGUAUCCUCGCUGGGACACCUGGUCAAACAGCUACCGCAGUGAUUGUCUCAUGUCCCUCAGACCCAUCCGCAUGGAUUCCAUGGAACACAAGAUCUGCCUGUAUGAGCUGUCCGACUUCCAGGGCAACAAGAUGGAGAUCCACGAGGAUGAUGUGCCAACCCUGUGGGCGCAUGGCUUCUGUGACAGAGUGGGCAGCGUGAGGGUCCCCGGUGGAUCUUGGGUGGGAUACCAGUACCCCGGAUACAGAGGUUACCAGUAUCUGUUUGAGUGUGGCGACUACAGGCACUACAAUGAGUUUUGUGCAUUCCAGCCUCAGAUUCAGUCCAUGCGUCGUGUGAGGGACAUGCAGUUCCACCAGCGCGGCUGCUUUAACCUGACCGCUGCUAAACAGUGAUCAAACCUCACUGCGGUCUUGUAGCAUAGCAACUAGCCUCCUCAUGGUGCUUUUUAUCCCCGAACCUUCACCCCUUUCUCAGGAUACUCCCCUUAGAAUAGAUUCACAUCGAUUGUCCCUGACACCAAACUGACUUUUUAUGAUGCCAAUAAUAAACAUGUUUUGGAAAAACACCAGCUGACUGCUCUCCUUUCUUUCUCAUAUACUAAAACAUUGAUUGUAAAAUGUCAUAAUUUAAAGAAAUUAAAUGACCA